AUGCGAGAUGAGCUAUACACGAGCAUCGCCCUCCAAUUACAAGCCGUUUCGGACUCAAGGGUCCUACCGGGGCUACAACGAUAUCGUUUUGCCCCCCACAUAGUCUGCAACUCGACUCUCCAGCUUCAUCAGAAUCGUGAUAGUGUAACGGUAUGUGGGGACCACAACAACACACCAUCAUGGUCACCAGUCAAGCUCCUAGACUUGGCAAGUAUUCCUCCAAGGUAUCUCGAGGAAGAUCAUCUCGAGGGGGUGUUGAAACCCAUGCUAAUCCCCGUCCUUCAUAAUAUUGGAAAACGAAAUAGACAUGCGUACUUUUCAGUCCCUGCCGCCCCAUUCCAGUGUGCCCUUAAUUGUGUUCCGCGAUCCAGGCGCCACCUACCAAAACAUCUUGAGCCAAUAGGUGCGAUCAGGAUAGAGGGAGUAGCGAGCACCUUCGGUGUUUGCCACCCUUCAAGCCAACAUAUUUUCCAAGCCCUGCUCAAUGGACUGUAA